AUGUCUGAGAAACAAUUGCUGGUUGAGGAGUUGCAUGCUCCGGCGAGAAGAAAUUUUCCUCGAAGACGUGUCAUAGUUUGCGGAUACGAUGAUCUGUGGCAGGCGGAUGUGGUUGAGAUGCGUUCUUAUACGCGAUUUAACCGAGGUUAUCACUACAUACUCACCGUUAUCGACGUGCUGAGCAAGCAUGCAUGGGCUGUGCUGCUCAAGGCCAAGAGUGGUAGCGAAGUUGCUAUUGCGAUUGCAAAGAUAAUUCGGAAAGAUGGAAGAUGUCUGAAAAAUUUGCAAACAGACAAAGAAAAGGAAUUUUACAACGCAAACGUGCAGAAACUAUUGAAAAAACAUGAUAUUAAUCAUUAA